CUGGGGGGUUGCUGAUCUAUCACUACUGAUGAUUAAAAUCAAGGUGUUUCUAAUGUAUUUUUGUCUCACAGGUGGGUUUGUGCUGGCAUUCUUCAUAUGUGUAGUUGGCUGUGUGAUAAGAAAGCACUGGAAACAAAGGGGUGUUACUAACCCAGUAAACCCCAGUAAAGAAUCAGGUACCAGUUUACAUGAAAAUGCGCCUGUGGGAGAGCUAAUUGAGAAUAAACUGUGGACAGAUGCAAUGCAUUCACAAAACCCUCCCAGCUCCGGGCUCAGCUGCACACGGCUGAACGAGUUCAAAUCACAGCAUGCAAGUGGUGUAUCUGAUGGGGCUCAUGAUCUUCAAAACCAUGAGGCUGAGCUGGAAGGAAGCUGUCAGGAGAGAGAUGGGAUUCGCUUGUGUAAAACAGCACCAGGCACACUUCCUGCUGCUGGCGUAGUACAUCAAGUAACGACUGAGAAAACACAAAUCGUGAAUGAUACCAAAUCAAUAGAUUUGGUAACGUAUUUUGAGACAGAGUUUGCUCACCAUAUUGAAAUUCCACCCAAAGAUCCUAGUACCGCAAAACACAAACCUUACUUACACGAUGCAGGAAACAUCAGUGCUGAAAUACAGAGAACAUCUAACAAUGCCCCUAAUCUGAAGGAUGACGGUGUCAUGAAAAAUCCUUCCAGCAAAAGAAGCAAAACCUGGAACAACCUUCACUUUGGUAACCAGGGCCUGUCCUUCGAGGAUGAUGGAAACAGAAUCACCAGAUGCAAUAUAGAGGUCAAUAACUUCUCUGAAUCCAAGAAUGACAAACCUUACAACAAACAGGGGGGAACCGGCAAGGGGCUGCAUCUGUUGAAAGAUUAUGAGACAUCCAUUGACAGUUUAUCAUCAAAGACUGACAACACCCUUCAAUAUGGUGAUCUAGGAUACUCAAAUGAAGUGUUUGAAGACAUGAUGUGGCGCCAUAUCACUGGACAGCCCGAUGGCAGUGAUGGAGAAGGCAACCUGUGCAGAUCUUGGGUUGAGAACGAAAAAGGCAGUCCAGAGAUCAAAGAAGUACCGACAUGUGCAGAAGGGAGAUGUGCAAUGCCAUUACCUUCUCAAGACAAAGACGCAGAGAGCACUUCACACCAGCAUAACGGGUUCAAGAUAAAGAACAGCAUCAGUUUGCCAGUAAUGCAAGGUUCUACUAAUCAAGGACAAUGGAGGCUGGAACCUACACACAGGGACAGCAGCCAGAUGUUUUAUUUUGGAGUCCCUAAACUGGUUAAUGUUCAACCAGCUUUCAAUGCCAACCCAAUGCCUGUGCCAUCUUUAUAUAAACUGGCAGGGACUGAAGAACACAAGGCUGAGCGUGUGGUCUGUAUUCAGCCCUGCAAUGAAACGGAGUGUUUACCUGCAAUGCAAACGUUACAUGAAGAACAAGAAGAGACUAGAAACGCUGUGACAGUACUAUCAGAGGCUGCUUUAACAGACAAGCACGAUGCUCACGUUACUAACACAUCGUCACAAAUCCAAUCCAAGAUGAAGCUAGAAGGGGAGUCUUUUAUUAAAAGCGUAGACAAUUUGUCAAGCAAUAUUAAGGACCUGCAGAGCUGCAAGAGUAAGGAAGCAUUUAUGGCAGAUUCUGAGUCCGUUCAUGAAAAUGACUUGAAUUCAUCUCCCAGGCUCCAUGGUUUUCAAGGCAGAAGUUCAAGCCUGGACGAUAUGAGACAUUCAAAAGAGAUUGCUGUGCUGCAAAAUAACCCAUGGUAUCAGAAUGCUUUACUUGAGAAUAAAGUUGGCAUUCAACUCGAGGGUGGUGUAAGUAAAGCAGGAAUGGUAUUAAAGUCUCCCGACGUGUUUCUGGAAAACAACAAAAAAGGGGUUCUCCAAAAUAAGGAAGAGGUAUUUCCAAUAGAGAAGUUGGAGUGUGACAAAGAGACCACCACCACUGAGAAAUGCAUUGAUCCAAAUGAAUUGAAGAAAGAUGAUAUUGAAAUACAUCAGAGAAGAACACAUGAAGACUUAUUCAGCACAAUGGUAAUGGAAGAUAAUGAUGAAGAGGUUGAUGAAGCUACUCCUACCAUGGACUAUUUAUAUUUUAGUGGGAAGCCUACUGCUUCCUUCAAUAUGGAGAUGAUUGAGAAGAGUGGCCGAACUAGUUCACCAAAUGCUGAAGAAAAAGUGACACACAAGAACAAUGGUGUUCCAGUAGGCAACAUCUUUGAUCUUUCAAACAGUAAUCUACAAAAAAGUGCUCUCAAAUACAAGCUUCAGGAUGCCACAGAUUCAAUGCAAUGUCACAAGACCAUUGGAACCCUUGACGAUAUGCAUUGCUUUGCCAGUGACCAGCAGCAAAAAAACAGAGAAGGCUUUUUCAAAAGCAAUGACGAAAGCAACAAGGAUCACAACGGCUGCCUAAGAGAGUGGCGGAUUAAAAACCAAGAAGCAAAAGAAAGUCAUGAAUUCUCUUCUCAUUUCGCUCACGAUACUGCCGACGCUGCUCAAAUUCAAUUGGAAGAAUCCAUCGCCCCUGUUCAAACCAAGCCCAUGAAGAAAAGCUAUGUGUCAGUUUUCAAGCUUCCAAUUGCCAUGGCAAGAGUGUCACAAAGCUCACAGAAAAAUGGACCAAUGGAAACGGGUGCUGGAAAGUCCCUAGACCUUGAUGGCAUCACACCUGUGGACUGCGACAGGUCUAAGAUCAAUAGCAUUCUCACCUCCCUUCCCCCUGAUGCAGCAGGAGAAAAUGACAACGCUCAAACAAGACAAACAAGUGGAUCCUUCAAGAAUGCAUCUGGUUUAGCAAUACAUCAAGAGAAAUUCCACAAGUACCGGGUAAAAAGCAAGUUUUCUGAUACGAUCGAGACCCUUCUCCCUGAAGUCGAUGAGAUAAGCGCACUGAAUAACCUUCACUAUGAGAAAAUAAGAGGGAAGAGAAUCCAUAACAUCGCGGUUCAAGAGCACAGACCCACAGCACUGAUACAUGAUGAGGACUUCGACACCAGCAGCACCUCUCCUUCCCCGGCUAGAUACGCUCAGCAGACACCACCGAAGAGAGGGGAGCUUCUCGAAGACGAUGAACUGGCAGUGAUCAAUGUGCUGUGUCAGCUUAAGAAGUCUUUAAAAGGACAAGCACACAUUCAGCUUUAAUCAUUUGCAGUAUUUCAUUAGUCACUGUUACCAAUAGAGUAUCAACCAGGUACAGUACAGUAUAACAAUCAUUUAAACAAGUGUCAAAAUUUCAGUGCAUCUUAACCUGUGUACAAAUGUUAUCCUGUGGUUCCCAAGUACAAUCUUCGUUGUUGUGAUUUAUAAUUAAUAUGUUAUGUGUAGGGUGUUUCGUAUUCUAACUGCACAGUUUGAGCAUUCAGAUCCUCUCGCAAACUGCACAAGAUGAUAUAUAACAAUAAUUGAAAGCCUACACGCAAUGCAUUACUUUUUACAAGUUUGAUCUGUGUACAGUGUAUCAAAAAGGCUGCACAUGCAGUAUGUUAUUUUUGCAUGUGUUGAUCUUGUGAAAUGUAAACCUCUGCUUUAUGCACUGAAAGAUAGCAAACCAAUCACUCUUUGAAUGCAUGUUUUUGUAUAGCCUGUGUUGCCAACUAGAGAUGUGUUGUUAGUUUUAAAGAGCUAAAACAAGUCUAUUAUUAUUUAGAUGCUGGGUGACUUUAAUGAAAUAAAUCGACUCGAGGUAUAGUU